CCAUCAAGCAACGAAAUGUGCUGGGUACUGGUCUUGACUAUUGGAUGGAUAAUUUUCCUUUCAGCAUUCAUUCCUGUGCACUUCCUACUCAAAGGCCAUGAAAAAUUGGGCAAAAAUUUAGAGAGAUGUUUGGUGGAGUUAAUGUGUAGCUUCUUUGUUGCAUCUUGGACUGGGGUUGUGAAGUACCAUGGACCAAAGCCUAGUAUGCGGCCAAAGCAGGUUUUUGUGGCCAAUCAUACUUCUAUGAUUGAUUUCAUCAUCCUGGAACAAAUGACGACAUUUGCUGUAAUUAUGCAAAAGCAUCCUGGAUGGGUUGGAUUGUUGCAAAAAGCUAUUUUGGAGAGUGUGGGAUGUAUCUGGUUCAAUCGUUCAGAAUCAAAGGAUCGGGAAAUUGUUGCGAAGAAAUUAAGGGAUCAUGUGGUGGGGCCUGACAAUAACCCUCUCCUUAUAUUUCCCGAAGGAACUUGUGUAAACAAUCACUACACUGUUAUGUUUAAGAAGGGUGCAUUUGAGCUUGGCUGCUCAGUUUUCCCUGUCGCAAUUAAGUACAAUAAAAUUUUCGUUGAUGCAUUCUGGAACAGCAGAAAGUAAGCUUGAAUUCUGACAGACUAAUAUAAUAUGCACUCAGACUUAUUUAUUUACUUGGAGAAUGAGUUUGUUCCUUGACAUAUCUUUCUUAUUAUGACCAAGAAAGUUGUCUACUCAUAUCUACUCUGAAGCUAGUAUAAUGGAAAGCAUGAAGUGUUUCAAUGCCAGUAAACACAAUCGUUAUAGUCCAAUCCUUGUGAGCUGGCCAUUGAUGGUGCUCUUUGAUAUUUUUUUGCUUUAGAUCCAUGAUUUGGAAACCUUUAGCAAUGCUUGGGCUGUUGUUAUGCUAUCCAUGGUACCGUAAGGAUUUAUAUAAUAUGGUUUUGUUGCAGGCAGUCCUUCAUAGUGCAUCUGCUACAGCUUAUGACAUCAUGGGCUGUUGUUUGUGAUGUGUGGUAUUUGGAGCCCGGAAAUAUGAAGCCUGGGGAGACUGCCAUUGAAUUUGCAGAGGCAACUAGUUUUUCCUGGGCAUGUAUUAAGAACAAAGUGCC